AUGGCCUGGACUCGAGCGGUUGCGUAUGCUGUUUUAAGCUCGCAAUUCUGGCUUCCCACCAAGGCUGAUUACAUUUGGCCGAAUGCGCAGAUCGAUGAGCUUGAGAGAGAAGUAUUCGAACAGGAAAACCCCUUUGACGGUCCCGGCAGCACUGUUUCUUUUGUGGACGGAUGCAGUGGGCCAGCUGAGCGUGCGCUUGGUAUAGGGCGUAGUUUUGGUGCUGAAUGGAUUAGAAACGCCUAUCACGACAUGGCAACAGCAGAUGUGUCUGCUGGAACAGGUGGCCUUGACGCUUCAAUUGUUUUCGAGAUGGAUCGUUCUGAGAACGUUGGAGAUGCAUUUCGGGAAACACUUGGCAUUUUUCAGGGCAGCUAUAAUACUCGAGCGUCUAUGGCUGAUUUAUUUGCCAUAGGCGCUGUGAUGGCUGUUGGCGCGUGUUCAAAUGGAAAGGUCAUUGUUCCAUUUAGAGGCGGUCGCGUGGACGCAGCUGGCCCAGGUCCAUCUGGUGUUCCGGAGCCUCAGCAAGACCUACCUACACAUACUCUCAGUUUUGCGAAACAGGGAUUUGAUACAUCUGAAAUGAUCGCACUCGUUGCUUGUGGGCAUAGUGUUGGAGGUGUGCAUGGUGUGGACUUUCCAGAAAUUGUCCCUAAUCCUGUGCCAACGAAUGAUGUUCGUAAUUCUACGUCUCUGACCGACGGCGGGUUGGUGAAUUAUCAUGACUCGCUUACUGCCAGUGCCAAAGAGUUCGUCGCCAAUGUUUCCCAAAACCCACUUGCGUUUGGACAAAAUGAAACAACACGAUCGGACUUUCGUAUUUUCAACGCAGAUGGCGGCGAUAUGAUUUCACAGAUGGCGUCGUCCAAUGACUUUUUCCUGAACACGUGCACCACUAUGUUUGAGCGCAUGAUCAAUACAGUGCCGAGAGAUGUUAAAUUGACAGAUGUUAUUAAACCUCUUAAGAUCAAGCCUCGAAAGUUGUCUGUUACAGUUAACGAUGACCAAACGCUCUCAAUAUCCGGAUUCAUACGAAUUGUUGAUGACCUAAUUGGUGCAAAUGGAACACAAGUUCUUAUCCAUUUAGCCUCGCGAUCCGGUGAAGCUUUGCCUGUGGCCACUGGAACGACAUCACAAGGGCUGACUGCAAGCUGCGGCUAUCCUAAUUGCGGUCCAAGCUACACCUAUUUCAGAUUCAGCUCUACAAUUCCCGCUGAACAGGGCGUAUCGUCUUUUACUGUCGAAAUUAUCGACGGCUCAACUGGAAAGGCUACAGUUUUCAACAAUGGUGGCAGCGGAUUCCCUGUAUCUGAUGCUAUUCUGCCAAUGUUUAGCCUUUCAAGUCAGAGCAGGAUAACCAUCAAUGGUAGUGACGAGUUACAACUCAAUUUGACCGCAGCAGUUCUCAAUGCGGAGAUGUAUGCAAACGUUUCACUCAUUGUUCCGCAACCCUCAAAUAAAACCGCUCCAAUUGGCCCAUGGACUCAGGAAAUAGUUCAUAUGGAGCCUUUGAGCAAAAUUUCUGGAACCAAUUUUACACUCUACAGAGGCAUAUGGCAGAGCAGUGGUCCAUUGACAGCAAUCUCUUCGCACCCUUUCGAUCUUGUUGCUCAGGGAUCGACAAAAACAGUUUCUAGUCUCUUCAACUCCUGGGAUGAUGUUGAAUUUGUUUGAAUACCUAUUGUCAUAUCCAUGUGAAUAUAGAAUAUGGAACAAGUUU